AUGAGGCAUCGAGAUUAUCGUUCUUUGAUUAUUUAUUCAUUAAUUAGCGCAACCUGCAGUGCGCUAGAUCACCCAGUCCACGUCGAAGAUUGCCGAUUGCUAGAAUGCGGAGAACACCACGAUAUUUUGAGCGGUAUCCAGCAUCCCAGCAUCUCUGCCAACCUACUAGAUCACCCUACGGACAGAUCAAGAUCGCCAUCGGACUCAAACGACCCAAAAAGCUCUUCAGCCGACUCGGUAUAUUUUCCGCAAGAGCGAUCUCCGCCACAUGUCUCUUUCGCAUCUAGCUGGCCAGAGUCACCGGGAUCUAUUGACCAGUUUUCGGCUUGGAAAAUGGAAAUUGAUGAACACUUGCCCCCAAAUUACUCCUCUCAGCCUUUGUAUCAACCCAGCGCGGAAUCCAGGUUACCACCCAGUUCGAAAGCAAAUAUCGAUGAAAAGUUCACUUUUGCGCAACUCCCAGCCGUGAACAAAGAACCUCAUAUCUCGAACAAAGUAGAAUAUCUACUCUCCAAUACAGAAGCACCUCAGGUAUCAAGCCAAGAGGUAACUCAGAUCUCAAGCCAAGAAGUAACUCAGAUCUCGAGCCAAGAAGACAAUCAAAUCACAGGCAGAGAAGACAAUGAGUUCUCAAGCAAAGAGGUGCCUCAGAUCACAUCCAAACCAUCCACCAAAAACGCGAAAUUUAGGCCAAUGUCCAAAAAGUUCAAACCACCCUACGAUUUCCAUGCAGGCAGAGUAAGAACUCCUGCAGCAAUUGAAAAGUCCAAUGAGUUAGAGCUGAAAUUUGAAAGGAACAAAGAAAGAAGGAAGUUGAUCGAUUUGGAAGACCUGGCCACAAUCCUCAAAAAGGGUGUUCGUCUUCUCAAGAAAUCAGACAGCCAUGCUGAAAUUGAUCGGUUGCCAAGAUUGAGCUUUGAUCGGUAUGCAUUUUGUGAUGAAAGGCGAAACGAAAAGUUAGAAGAACAUGCGCUCUUUCCAAUACUCGAUAGCAUGAAGAUAUCCGAAGGGGGAAGGAUGGAACUACAGGAAUGGGAAUUUAAAAAUUUUAUUGGCUCUAAAUAUAAUCCGUUGAGGUACAAGGAAAAGCGGCAAGAUGUUGAAGAUAAAUGGACAGACAAACUGCGCUUAUUUAUGGAGAAUCAGGAGGUGUGGGAGACGUACUGGGACCGGAUCAACUUGGAGGCUUGUAAUGAUCAAAUCGAAUCGAAGAAAUUUCAAAAACUACUUCCCUUGUUCUUGUUCUACGUUGAGAUGAUCAACGUGGUUGUACCAAGGCCUGAAGGACAAGAAGUGAGCGAAGAUGUCGAAUUAAUAAUGGCGUGUACGGUGUUUAUCAAGUAUGCUCAGCAAAUCACCAAAUACGUCAAAGACCACGCCGGCUUAAGAAUUACUACCUUAAAAUCAAGGAGUUCACUCUUUGGGUAUUUCUAG